AUUUCUGGGAGACCCUUUUCUGAGGAACCACAGCAAUGAAUGGCUUUGCAUCCUUGCUUCGAAGAAACCAAUUUAUCCUCCUGGUACUAUUUCUUUUGCAAAUUCAGAGUCUAGGUCUGGAUAUCGAUAGCCGUCCUACCGCUGAAGUCUGUGCCACACACACAAUUUCACCAGGACCCAAAGGAGAUGAUGGUGAAAAAGGAGAUCCAGGAGAAGAGGGAAAGCAUGGCAAAGUGGGACGCACGGGGCCGAAAGGAAUUAAAGGAGAACUGGGUGAUAUGGGAGAUCAGGGCAAUAUUGGCAAGACUGGGCCCAUUGGCAAGAAGGGUGACAAAGGGGAAAAAGGUUUGCUUGGAAUACCUGGAGAAAAAGGCAAAGCAGGUACUGUCUGUGAUUGUGGAAGAUACCGGAAAUUUGUUGGACAACUGGAUAUUAGUAUUGUUCGGCUCAAGACAUCUAUGAAGUUUGUCAAGAAUGUGAUAGCAGGGAUUAGGGAAACUGAAGAGAAAUUCUACUACAUCGUGCAGGAAGAGAAGAACUACAGGGAAUCCCUAACCCACUGCAGGAUUCGGGGUGGAAUGCUAGCCAUGCCCAAGGAUGAAGCUGCCAACACACUCAUCGCUGACUAUGUUGCCAAGAGUGGCUUAUUUCGGGUGUUCAUUGGCGUGAAUGACCUUGAACGGGAGGGACAGUACGUGUUCACAGACAACACUCCACUGCAGAACUAUAGCAACUGGAAUGAGGGGGAACCCAGCGACCCCUAUGGUCAUGAGGACUGUGUGGAGAUGCUGAGCUCUGGCAGAUGGAAUGACACAGAGUGCCAUCUUACCAUGUACUUUGUCUGUGAGUUCAUCAAGAAGAAAAAGUAGCUUCCCUCAUCCUACGUAUUUGCUAUUUUCCUGUGACCAUCAUUACAGUUAUUGGUAUCCAUCCUUUUUUCCUAAUUGUGCUACAUUUGAUCUGAGUCAACAUAGCUAGGAAAUGCUAAAUUGAGGUAUGGAGCCUCUAUCAUCAUGCUCUUUUAUGAUGAUUUUCAUAUUUUCACUCAUGGUAUGUUAUUGACCCAAUAACUUGCCAGGUUACAUGGGUCUUGAGAGAGAAUUUUAAUUACUAAUUGUGCACAAGGUGGUUGGUUGUCCAUAUGUCAAAUGAGUUGUUCUCCUGGUAUUUGCUCUACCAUCUCUCCCUAUAGCACUCUGUGUCUAUCCCAGUGGAUAAUUGCCCAGUUUACUGGUGAUGAUUAGGAAGGGGGUUGAUGAUUAGGCUAACCUGCCCUGGCCCAAAGCCAAACAUGUAGAAGGGCUUUCUGUGAGCAAUGAUAAGAUCUUUGAAUCCAAGAUGCCCAGAUCUUUUACCAGUCACACCCUAUGGCCAUGGCUAUACUUGGAAGUUCUCCUUGUUGGCACAGACAUAGAAAUGCUUUAACCCCAAACCUUUAUAUGGGGGACUCUAGCUUUGUGUCUUGUUUCAAACAUGUGGAAUGAUUAAUACUUUUUUUGUGCUUCUGAUCUAUUGAUUUCACUAAUAUAUACCAAGUAGGUGCUUUGGACCCCUUUCUGUAGGCUCACACCUUAAUCUCGGGCCCCUAUGUAGUCACACUCUGAUUUAAGAAAAAUGGAACUCUUGAAAUCAAAAGGAAAAAAAUGGGGAAUUGUUCACAAGUAAUAUUGGUUAUAGUUCUCUUGCUAAAUUGCCCACUGCUAUUAACUUAACUUCAUUUUUAUUUAUCUUAGGUUUACCUGCAUCAAUUUUAUUCACCUUAGGCAUGGGGGAUGAGGGAAGGAGUCUGUGAAGCCUUAAGAAAAUUCUGGAAGCUUCAAAGUGCUACCAACAUCAUCUCCAGGCCCCCUCCUCCUUGCCUCUAACAUAUCACUCAUGGUGACAUUUCAUGGGAGGCCUUUUACUCUUCAUAAAUAUAUGUCAUAAAAAUCCUACUGGAGAUGUCCCUUCUAAUACUCUGACAUCACAGAAAUGUGUGAGGUAUAGAAUUUGGAACAUGCUUAGAACUCACAUUUACUGAGGUGGUAAAACUCUACCUUGAACUGUAGAUCAAACCUCAAAGCAGCUUUCACUUGGAAUUUGAAAAUAAACAGUUCAAAGAUACUCUAGAUUAUCACCCUAUAAACUUCUACUCCAGUUAUGGUUUCUGACAUAAGAUUAGACUGUUUCAAAUGCUGGCAUAAUGAAAUAAGAGAAACAGAUCAACAACAUAUGUUCACCUUAAACCAUCUGUUCAUGAUUUCACCCGUGACUAACUGGUUAUGAGAUAGGACUUAAUUAGGUUAUUUCUGUGGGUUCAACAAGGGCCAUAAACUCAGAUCCUACAGGGGCCAGGCAGAUGACAUACCUAAAUGAAGUGGAACAGGUGGGGACCCUAGUGCACUGAGCACAGCUUGCCCUUCCAAAGGAGCCAGCUGCUCCUCAGUGGCUGCUACUGGUGCUAGGGAGGACCCAAUCUUGCUACAUGUGCUGAUAUUUCAAGAGAAGUCAGAAAGCUAGGACUUUGUAACGUAAGCUCAUAUUUUAAUAUGUUGGCAACUAAUUAAUUUUUAACCCCAUUUUUUUAAAUGGGGUUAAAAAUUAAUUAAAAUUAAAGAUUAGAGGUCAAAAGUCUUCUAGCUAAAAUUGUGAUCAUUUCAUUUCUUACUUCUGGAGGAAGGUUCAGAAGGUUCUAACCAAAUAGAAUAUCAUUAGGAUAUGAUGACAUCAAAGUCAAGAUAUCCCAUUAAUACCUUAUUCAAUUCAGCUUAAUAAUAGGAAUUUGUUAUAUGUUUGACAUUUAUCAGGUUACUAGUUAAACUCUUUUGAGAUGAUAGCACAUGGUAUUUGAAAGUCAAAAAGGCUUAAUAAAAAAUACAAAGCAGGACAUCAGAAGCCAGUAUCCUUGGAUAGAAAGCCAUCCCAGAUCAUGAGGAAUGAAAACCUAGAAACACCUUAGGAAAAUAAAGCUCAUAUGUAAGAAGAGAGGAAGGAGAGACAUGCAGCAAAUGUUGCCUAUGGGCAGCUUCAUGUUAGGGAUCCAUGUUCCGAUUUGUUCUAAGCCCCCAAAGUAUGAGUAUUUAUUGUGUUUACUGUUAGUGCUAUUAUUAUUUACUGUGAAUGUUAUAAUAAUAGUUCUCUCAAUGA